GUGCUCUCGAUUCGUCUACACAGAAUCAUACGUCAACUGUACGGCGACCCCGAAACACGUGAUUAUAACGUAUGACCCUCAGCCUCCCUGCGGUAAACCCGAUUGUGGGGGGUAUAAGGACGUGAAUUUCGGCAAGUCUACCAAAAAGGGUGGCGUCUGUCCUAAGUGCUGAGCGAAAAGGUUGUUUUUAUAAAAGUUUAAAGCUGAGGGAGAAUGGAAGGACAGUGGCACAUAUCGAAAAUAUCUGUUUAAAGUCGGAAUGCAAUAUAAUAGGGCGGCCGCUUCAGUUGUAAAACACGUGACACCGCGGCUAUCGCUUUGACUUCUUCUGGGCACUCUGUAAUACCUGUAAUCCUUCACUACCAUACCAAACUCACAUCAUCGCAAUGUCUCAUAUCUCUUACACCACGAUUCAUCGAUACCUCCCUCCAACUGUCAAGCGCAUUAUUGCGCGCGGCGGUGACUGCUGGAUCGGAGAAAUCGACGAAACCACCGUCCUCAAAUACCCGCAAGUCCAGGGGAAGCCAUAUCCAGAACUUCAGAUUGAAGCCAAAAUGCUCAGUGUUCUUGGGCGCCAUCCUCGGAUUGUGCAGUCGAAGGGUCUGACAAAAGAUGGUCUACUCUUAGAGUUUGCUCCAAAUGGCAAUCUGCACGACUACCUCACUGCUAAUCCAGACACAUCUCUUGAGCAACGCGUAACAUGGUGUAUGCAAGCCACAGAAGCUGUCCGUUUUAUCCACUCUAAACGAAUACUUCACUGCGAUCUCCGCCACGAUAACUUUCUGCUGGACGCCAAACUUGACCUCAAGCUGGCCGAUUUCCAGGGCCAACACUUCUCUGCAGACGGGGAAAUUCUCCUUGACGGUCUGUCCCUUGAAUCCACCAAAGCAUACCUACCCCGGACACCUGCAGAUCACGCAAGAAUAAAAACAGACCUCUUUGCUCUCGGUGGUGUUAUCUACUUCAUCAUGAUGGGCCAUGAAGUAUUUCCAGACCUAGAUAGUUCCAACGACGAGCAAGAAAUCGAGCGUCGAUUUCGUGCGGGAGACUUCCCUGCUGAUCAACAUGCAUUUUCCAAGAUCACGGGAAAUUGCUGGAAACUGUGCUACUCGUCAGCGCAACAAGUUUUGGCCGACUUACAAGACGCCUGCGGUGCUAGCGCCCGUAGCGAGACCUUGGAUCGUCUAGCUGAGCACAUCUCGAGCGUCUCAGACGAGGAGACUUCCCUCCUCGCGACAUCGUGGCUCAGUGGUCUUUGCGAAGAGCCGAAAGCGCCAAAGGUUCCACCCCGGAUUCGGCAGCUUGUAGGCUUUGAUUAAGAGCUCUGUCAGGCACACAUGAUACGACCAGUAAAGCAAUGAGUCCCGAGACGAGAGGCAGACCAUGUACCACUUCAGCCUCGUGCGUCUGGCCAGCCUCGAAAGCCUGGCCUGCAUGUUGAGGCAUGGCUGUUGCGUUGCACUCUAUGAUUGGCCGACGGAGCGAACAGCUAGCCGACCCUUCGUAGUCCUCCA